AUGGCUACAAAAGAAACAACAUACAGUUGGAAAAGAAACAUUUUAACAACUGGAUUAUCUACAUCAUCAUUAUCCACAAUAACUCCUGUUACAGAAAGUAAUUCCGAUACUCAAUUUCGUACUCAAGUAAGAGAAUCAAUUUGUUGUGCAUUACCUUGUUUAAUGCUUACAAUUGCUACUGCCAUAGCCGUUCCAAUUCUUCUCAUCCAAACAGCAACCGGGACGGUACAAGCAAUGAGCACGACUACAACAACACCCAUGUCCUGCCUUGCAACAACAUGUACUCUAACAAUUAAUGCCGUUUGGAACAUGACGGGCACGACGGUGCAACCGACAUUCCCUCUUCUAACACCUAGAAGUAUUUCGUUCGAUUCAAGUGGCAAUAUGUACGUAGCCGAUGUCCACAUGUGCGCCGUAAUCAAAUAUCCGUCCUGUGGCACUGUUUAUCCAACCGUGUUUGCGGGUGUCAGCAACAGCUGCAGCGGCGGAACCUCAAACCUUAACUACCCUGAAGGUGCAUUCCUCGACAGUCUUGGCAAUCUAUAUGUUGUAAGUCUAACGAAGACGAAAGGGUACACUAGGCAGAUAGAAACUAUAAACUGCCACAAAAAAUUAAAAAAAGCACGUAGAAGUGAGUACAGGUGGACUAACUUACUGUACGACGAUGAGACUUAAUCUCUCGCGGGAAAUGGAAGUGUAAAUCUUUCCAAACAAGACGUUGGAACCAAAUAACAACAUAAAAGAGAAGACACUGUAAGCUGUAAGAAAUUUCAUGGCUUGUCUGUUAGGUUUUGACAUAUGUCAAAACUUUUUGUGAAACUGUGUUUGGAAUACGUAGCAAUGAACAGACAUUGUUUCGUUUGUGACUUCGAAGGUGUCAAUGAAUUCCCAUAAGUCCUGGCCAUUAUUUCUAGUCGAAGAAGUUAAAGUCAAAAAGUUUUCGCGGACCGUGUUAUCACAACUGGAUAAGUACGGACUCCGCGAGUACGAGUACGUAUUCAUACUUGCUCAACUCUGCGUAUGAUAUUCAGAUGCCGUAAAAACUUUCGAGUUUCAACGGUUAAGGGUACCCACGCACUUAUUUGUCCAAAAGUCGACUUGAAGCUAGGGUACGGCGCUUUAGUGGCUAAUUCACUUGUAGCGCUAAUGAGUAACGAACGCGUUUGUCGUUACCGUUGUUUGUAAAGAAAUAAUUUAAUUGUUAAUAGUAACGGUAAAGUAUGAACUAAAGAAAUGUGCUAUAUCUUGAUUUUCCACAGAUAUCAAUGAAUCUCAAUUUUCGAUAAAUAGUCAUUGUUUUACUCACCUAUCGAGAUAUCUGUGGCUUGAGGGGCGUCUCCUUGUCAUUUAUGAUGGCAGAAUGAAACUGGCCUUUUGUUUUUCAGCCGGACUUCUACAAUUCACGAAUUCAAAAAUACAACAGCGCCGGGAUUGUUACCACAGUGAUCAACAUCACCUCAACAGGCUAUGUAGGUAUCGUUUAUAUCUUUUAGUAUCAUAAUAAAAAGGGUCUUUUUAUAUUCAUCUCUUCUUUUGUUAAUUAAGACAGAAGCUUCGUACAAAUAUUCUUGCUAUAAAUCAAGAUUUUCACAGUAUUUACCUUCCUUCAAAAACUCCACGGUCCGUCAUUCAGCAAGUAAUUGCGUCUGAAAUUUUCGGAUAGAUGUGCUCUUUCAGAAUACUUGAGGAUGAGGAUGUCCAGUAUCAAAACAUGACUUGAAUCUAUAUUCAAACACCACCGAUUUUCAAACGAAGACUAUCAACAUUCUAUUUUGAAAAGUUUUCGGAGUUGGUUUUUCACCUUCUUCAUCUUCAUUCAUGUAACUUGUCAAACAAUGAGAAUCUGAAUGAAUAGAGAAUUCAUUUUCCUACAUCAUAUGAAAACGUUUGGUUUUUAAACAAACGGCCUUGUUUGACCGACUGUAGGCCUCCGCUUGACAAUUUUACCACAGCUAGAGUUUCAAAUUGGUCCCAUGAUUGUUCAGAAAAAUUUUCAUGAGAGAACUUCGAAAUAAACUCUAGUGCAUAACGACCGACCUAUGAACUUUCUUUCUAGAACACUUUUCUGGAAGCAGUCUGUACAUGUUUGCAACGACUAAAUCGAUACACUCAAAUCUCACACUCUCGUAACAAGUUGUAGUGGACCAUACCUGUCUUCAGCCACAUGAACGCGAAAAACUGCACAGCUUAUUGUUUUGUAUUUCCUCUAAAAGUGCAUUAGUUUGAUUUCAGAUAGAAAACUAGGGUCCCUAAUCAUUGUCGUAAGAACGUACCUUCGUCUCUUCCUCAUCAUCAACUCUUGUCGAGCCGUUCGAAUCUGCUCAUAUAAAACUCGGCGUUCAUAUGAUUGCCAUUAUGAACGCUUCAUUAGUUCUACGCUACUACCAAAUUCUAAUCGAACUUCUGUGAGUAUCCUUGUUAUAAGUCGUCGGUUGCAAGUACCGUCAUGGUCAGACUGGCAUAUCUUAUCAUCUCUAUCCUACCAAUAAACUGUGGUCGAACUUCUAUCAACUGUUCCGAGAAAAUCGUUCCCGGGAUCAUCUUCGCGACCAAGAGUCUUUCCAACACUUGGAACACAUACAUUCAGACGCUCCUAUCGAGUCGAGAAAAGGAUUGAAGUGAAGGGAACCAUAGCGGUUCUGAUGGUAUGCUUCUUUCGUUCGUGUCAUACAUCAUCUUGACGGAGAACAUGUGACUGGAGAUCAAGAAUAAUAACAAAAGGCUUGAAUUUAUUUGGAUAUAAACGCGUUUUGAGAAUUCAAUAAAGCUAUGCAACCUUGAAAAUAGAAAAAGUGGGAAAAGAAUAAGAUUUUAAGUAGAAGUCCUAUAUGAACAGCCAACAACUGUAAAUUUAGUCCAUAGAAAAUUCUCUCUAGUGUAGAGCAAUCGAAUACAUUCUGAAGUGACGUGGGACUUCAAUGUAUCGGGUUUGAAAAAAUUAUAUUUCACGCUAUGCAGAACAGCACGUGGUUUAGAGCUCUCUUUGUACGAGCUUACAGUCUAGCUAAGACAAAUUCUUCACGAAAAGUUCUUACUUUUAGCAGUUGAAAAGUUGUGUGUCUGCUCCCAACCAACAGUAAACCUAAAACUUCGAUACAUGGUAUCUUAGCUGAUUUCAGUUGAAUUAGAUUUCAGAUUAUGGAAAUAAUAAUGGCUACUAUCGUGUAUGGCCAACUAGCUCUGUAUCAAUCAAUGAAGUGCCCUAGUCUUUUUUCUCUUUUAGCCAUCCUAUAUCUACGUCACACACGACACAACUGGACCAGUUAUGUACAUAGCCGAUCAGCAGUAUGCAGUCAUUAGACGCUGUGUUGAGAGCACAGGCAUUUGCACGAUUGUUGCACAAAGUAAGUCAGAAAAAAUCAUCUGUCAUUCCUUCUCACCAUAUCAGCUGGAUCGAUUUUAUUAUUCGUAGCAUCAAACCAUAAGUAAAUCAACAGUCUUCCUCACUUUCCAAGUACACUAAAAAUUUUCCAUAGUUUAAAGAACGGAGAAUGGGUUGCAGCAUUUAACGCCAACAAAGACCAUUUUUCCGUUCUCUAAGCUAAAAAAAUUCUUUACAAUGUGGGAAACCAUAUUCAUCAAAUUAAGAUAUUGCCAAAAAUUUCUUCAUUGAUUUUUUUAAAAGUUUCUGUUGUUAACAAAAUUCCUGGAAUGACGUCGAAAACUAGAGCUCAUCAAACUAUAUCGGUCUACACACGGCGUCGAUGACCGUCUUAUUAACUGUAAGUUUCUUGCAAGACAGUAUACAAACAAAUGUACAUUGUUUACGUCCUUCUGUAUAUUAUUAGGCAUGACCCAAACCCAAACCGUUUAGGUUUGGUGAGUUUGGGUUUGGGUAUGGGUCAGAUAUCGAAACUCAUGAAACCGCUAUAGCUUAGGUA